UACCAAGAUCUGUGAUUAAACGUCAAAUCUGUCAUCUUAUGUGGCCCUGACCGGUUGGCAAAUGUAAAUGAAAAGAUUGAUAAGGUUCUACUUUUGGAAAAAACGAUAGGAAUUUAUUUUUUAUUAAUUUCAAAAUGAAGGCAUUAACAAUAUGCCUUAUUUCAAUUUUGUUUAUUUACAUAGGUUUUGCCGGUGGACAAUCUAAAAAGCCUAGUCUAUCACUGGAGGAAAGAUUCGAGCAAUUGAAUUUCGUUUAUAAAAAUAGACCUGUUGUUAAAUUCAAUGGAAAUCAAUUUCGUACAUAUGUGAAAGGAGCACCCAGAAACUAUUCCAUGAUAGUUAUGUUUACCGCUUUGGCUCCUCAAAGACAAUGUAUGAUUUGUAGACACGCCAGUGAUGAAUACCAUAUCGUUUCCAAUUCUUUCAAGCAUUCACCUAGCUAUUCAAAGAAAUUAUACUUUGCUAUUGUUGAUUUUGAUGAAGGGUCUGAUGUUUUCCAAAUGAUGAAAUUGAAUACUGCUCCAGUCUUUAUGCAUUUUCCAGCAAAAGGAAAGCCACAAAAGGCUGAUACAAUGGAUAUAUCAAGGGUUGGGGUAUCAGCUGAAGAAAUAUCUAAGUGGAUAGCAGACAGAACUGAUAUACAGAUUCAUGUUAUAAGACCUCCAAAUUACUUAGGAACGGUUGCUGCAAUAAUCUUAUGUGGAUUAGUAGCAGGUUUCUUGUAUUUGAGAAGAAACAACUUGGAUUUCUUGUACAAUAAAACUAUGUGGGGAAUGACUUCACUUUUCUUUUGUUUUACAAUGAUAUCAGGGCAAAUGUGGAACCAUAUAAGAGGUCCUCCUUUUCUCCAUCAGGGUCAGAAUGGACAAAUUGCCUAUAUCCAUGGUUCAUCUCAAGGACAGUUUGUUGUUGAGACUUACAUUAUCAUGAUAUUGAAUGCUGCUGUUGUAAUUGGCAUGAUUCUCUUAACAGAAGCGGCUAGAGGUAAACGAGAUCCAAAUAAAACUAAAAUAAUGGCUGUCACUGGCCUCAUUCUAGUCUCUGUUUUCUUCUCUUUGUUACUGUCCAUUUUCAGAACCAAGACUCAAGGUUAUCCUUAUAGGUUGCUGUUCACUUGAAGUUAUACCUGUUGAGUUGCUGUAUAAUUUUUGUUACAAUUGCUCUUCGAGUAGAAAAAUAUUCUACAUCUUCUAAAACCAUGAUGGAAAGUUCAAAUUGUAAAUUUGAAAUUGUAAUUGGAAGGGACAAAAAUAAAUACAAGUUGAAAAUUAGAA